CUUGUGAUGCAAAUCCAGUUUGAUUAGAUUAGUCGCUUUUGGGAGAAUUCUGACACAUUCCUUGAAACUCUAUAGGUAUUAUUUAUACAUAGAUGGUUAUGUUUCCUAAUUUUUAUUCUAGGCGUUGGAUGUUGUUACCAUUUGAAUUUUAUAUGUAUGUUAUGAUUUUAUAGCAAUACCGAUUAAAUAUUACCAUUUUUUGUUAUUUUAUUACGUUGUAAUACAGUUUAAGAUUGUUUGUCGCAAGCAAAAUGUUGUUUUUUUCUCCUUGUUUCAACCCGACGACACGAAACCAACCCACAAGACACUAAUCGCCGCUGUACAUAUUUUUACUAAUGUUCACAAAUGCUACACCUUGGUUUUUAUUUAUUUAAUAGUAGAUGGUAAAUGUUUAUAUGUUGGUGGUGUAAAUAUCAAGUAUGACUUAAUUAUUUCUUUGCAGCAAAACACCAAAAUCGAAAUGAAGGCAGUUAAGAAAAACUUGGAGAACACCGAGUGUGAGUUGGAGAAACAUGAAGAUGAGUGCAGUAAACUUCGAUUGUCUGUGGAUUCCGAACAUCAAACGAAUAGCUCCUUGCGGCAGGUGAUUACUAAUCUGGAGAAGGACCUUGACGAGGAGAAGAGGAAUAGUUUGAAUGUACAACGCACGUUGACGAGGGUCACAGCGGAGAAAAACACUGCAUUGUUGAGGAAUGCUGAAAUAUCACAACAGAUGGAAAUUGCUAAGCAAGAAACACGGCGACAGGAAAGCGAAAUGAAUGAUUUGCUAAAUAAAAUUAACCAAUUAGAAGAUGAUAAUAAUAAAUACAAAGAGAAGGAAACCAAGGGCGUGGAGCAAGAACUACGCAACACGGUGACGAUUUUAGAAGAACAGUUAGCUGAUAAAAAUAAGAAUAUAAAGACACUUCAAUUACGCCUAGCGGACAUGAAGAAAACGCUACAACAAGAACUGCGCACCACGAAUCACUCCAGCGCAUUCUUCGACAGCAACGAGUCAGCGGCAAUUUUAACUCCUAGUCAAAUUACAACGCGUAAUCACCAAUAUACAGGACUGCGCAAGGACGACGACGACGUAAACUUCACAUACCUCAAGCACGUUAUCAUCAAGUUUCUCACCAGCCGUGAGUACGAGGCGCAGCAUUUAACCCGCGCCGUCGCCACGCUGCUGAAGUUUUCGCCCGAAGAGGAGAAGCUGCUCAAUGACACGCUGGAGUGGAAAAUGUCGUGGUUCGGCUCGCGGCCGAAAGUCGGUAAGGGUCAAACGUCCAAAGGCUUGCCACGCAGCUGAUGGUUACUCUAAUAAUUACAUGAAUGAAUUGAAACAAUUGCACUCUCUGAUUCGGAAUCAAUUCGGCCAAAGACACAUCACGCAAAUGAUGGGAUUUACAUUCGAGAAUAAGUUUUACUCAUGCAGCUUUGUUUUCAGAUGGUAAAUAAUCUAGUAGGGCGAGGAAUCUAGAUGAAUAGUACCUUGUACCGAGAGGGGCCGGAUGCCAUGCCGCAGGUUUGUUUCUCAGAGAAUAUCUAACAUUAACAUAAUAGAAAAUUGACGAAUUGACGAAUUACGGAUGAUAAAAUUGGUAAUGGUUGAUGAGAUUUUAACGAAACCUUGGUGAUGCGGGUCCCCUCUCUGAUUUCCACUUUUCUACCACAUUUUUAAAACGUACGAUACAGUUUAACAACUUCUCAAUAUGACUGGGAUGCUUGUGAGGCACGUCACAAUUCCAUAUUCCUAAAUUUGGGUACGAACAUUCCUGAAAAUUCAAUUCAAAUCGUUUGUAAUAGUAUUAAAGCUCUAGACGACCCCAUGUAGUUGAUUCCAACUGUUUCCUACGAAUUGUUACUAGGUAUUUUCGGUUUUAUUAACUUUUAUCAAGUAUAUACUUGUAUUUUUAUAGCGCGUCAAAUGAGUAAGCAGAUUUUGCAUCUAAUUAAGUUCAUCUAGUUUGUACAUACUUUUGUUUUCGACCUUCUGGGCAAUAUUUGUACAUACAGUUAUGUUAAGACGACAAUGCUAGAGUCGUGAGUUUUCGUUUGACUAGUUGUGGUGUUCUAAAUUCAAUUAACCGAAUUUGUAAUCACGUGAAACUGCCAAUUAAUAAGUUGUAAGCAUAAUGCCGUCGGUUUUGGCUAGAGUUUCAUUUUCACGAUGAUUAUGAUUGCUAUCUUGUUGUCUAUUUAUUAUAUUUAUUUUCGAAAAUAAAUGCAAAAUGUGUAACGAAA